AUGAACCAUAGCAGCGAAACCCACAGAAGCAGAGGCAGAAUCAAGAGAAGGGCCUGCGUCACGUGCACAACGGCAAAAUCGAAGUGCGAGCCGCGGACGGACAACCUGUGCCACCGCUGUGCCCGGCUGGGGAAGCAGUGCGUCUAUCUGGAUCUGCCCGAGCGGAAGCGGAAGCGCAAGGAUGAGGAUUGCCGAGUUGAUGCCCUGGAGAGCAGGAUUGAAGAGCUCACGGCUCAGCUGAGGGCGAUUCGAUCCGGGCAAAGCACCGUCACAAUAUCCUCCAUCUCUCAAGAUGGGACGACGACGACGACGACGACGACGACAAAUUCAUCCUCCUCGCUCCACGAAGCAACCAUCCACGAUCCCGCAGAUGGAAACCAAGACCCCCUGGACGCCGACAGCGAAGGCUACCACGGCCGCCCACCCCCAACAACCUCCAUCCUAGAAGGCAUCCCCGACAUCGUCGACCGCGGCUUUCUCACCACCACCGAAGCAGAAGCCCUCAUCACCCGCUUCAAGUCCAGCUUCGUCCCUAACUUCCCCUUCGUCACCUUGCCCAUCUCUCAGAGCGCCCACCACCUCCGGCAGCACGAGCCCCUGCUCUUCCUGGCCGUCGUCGCUGCCGUCGUCCCCAGCGCACAUCCCAUCCGGAAGCUCCUCGCCGACGAAACCAUGCAGCACGUCACGUCGCGCAUCGUCGCCGGCUCGGAGCGCAAUCUAGGCUUGUUGCGCGCGUUGCUGGUGCUGUGCGCGUGGUAUAGGUAUCCCGCGCAGAGGGGCAACGUGCAGCUUGUCUUGCUGCUGGAUCUGUGCGUGACGAUGGCGUAUGAUUUGGGCUUGCAUCGAAAACGGGGAGGCUUGACGAUGGACGAGCAGAGGGCGCUGCUGGGCACGUAUUGGGUUUCUACGAGCAUGGCCCGCUCGACAGAGUAUCCCUCUGACAGGUGCAUUCGGCCAAUGAUUCUCACGCAGGCAUUCAUAAGCUCCGUCGACGCAAGCUUCAAAGGCCUCCAAGAUGAAGAAGACGGUGCGCUCCAGCAAGAGUCCUUUGUCAGGGUCAUGGUCGGGGCCAACCUGCGGCAAUUCAACGCCUUGAAGACAACCCUCGACGAAGAAUUCUCCAAAUGUCCAGACUACACAGCAAACAUCUUCCGCUGCACCAUGCACUACAUCAACAUGGCCAUCCGCGACACAGCCCUCCACGACGAAUCCCUCACCCAACAACCUCCCUCCUCAACAACAAAUCCAUCAUUAUUCGCAACGUCCCCCUUUCGAACAUCCCUCCUCUGGCACCUCCUCCGUCACAGCAAGGCCCUCAUCAACGCCUACGUCGCCAUCCCCGACGCGCAACUCCCCCAAAUCACCGUCUUCACGCUCGCCCAGCUCUGCGCCUCCCUCGUCAUCCUCCCGCGCGCCGUAUCAGCCCUUCUGAAGCUCGUCGUCAGCACCCACAGCCACAACAACCACUAUCCCGCCAACUCUUCCUCUUCUUCUUCUUCUUCAUCAUCAUCAUCAUCAUCUGCUGCAAAUCAGGUCAAGGUUCGGGGCGAUGGCCUAAGUGAGGCCCAGGCCGUCAUCGACGAGGCAGACUAUCUCAAUGUCGUCGCUGGGCUGUAUGACAAACUCAAGGUCCUCGUCGAGGGUCUCUCGGCGCAGGAAAAGGGGCUGGACGUGGCGGGCACGCUGUGCUGCCAUAUAGGCAUCCUGGCGAGCUGGUAUGCGCCCCGGGUCAAGGCCAUUCUGGGAGUUGACCUCGUGGGGAGGAAUCCGCUAGCGGAUAUGACUCCUCCUCCUGCUUCUGGGAGGGAUGACGCUGUCACGGCCGUUGCGCCGGCGAUGCAGCAUGUUGCGGGCCAGAAUUUCGGUGGAGGUGAAUUGCUGGAUGAGCAGAGGGGUUAUUAUGUGCCUGGUGCGUACUACUACGCUGGUGGUACGGAGGAAGGGGGCUAUCUGUUCAAUGAUGAAAUGUGGUCUUCUGUGUUGGAAAAUCUCACCGGCUUUGGAUAA